UUUCAAUUGAUAUUUAAUAGCCAAAAUAUACCCCCUUCAUUCUCAAAGAGGGACAAAGUAUGGAUAAGUUGAAGCCAAGGCCACCAAAUUCAAGUCCUCUUACUCCUCUUACUUUCCUGGAAAGAGCUGCCACUAUCUAUGCCAAUUGCCCUUCUGUUGUUUACAACAAUAAUACUCGUUACACUUGGUCCCAAACCCGCACCCGUUGCCUCAAAAUUGCCUCUUCUAUUGCCUCUCUACUUGGCAUUCAUAGAAAUCAUGUUGUCUCUGUUGUUGCCCCUAAUAUACCUGCCAUGUACGAACUUCAUUUCGCUGUUCCCAUGGCGGGUGCUGUCCUCAACACCAUCAAUCUCCGUCUUGAUGCGCGCAUUAUCUCUGUCCUUCUCCUUCACAGCGGAUCAAAGCUCGUGUUCGUUGAUUGUCAAUCCCAAGUCCUUGUUCUCGAUGCGCUGCCGUUAUUUCCUCCGAAAUCCGACCGUCCGAUUCUUGUUCUCAUUGAAGAUGACGAAUUCCAUACUCCACAAUCUAGUGAUCAAUUUAUCAGCACAUAUGAAGAAUUGGUGGAAAAUGGGGAUUUGGGUUUCAGUUGGGUUCGCCCGAAAAGUGAACUUGAUCCAAUUGUAUUGAAUUAUACUUCUGGUACUACAUCCGCUCCGAAAGGAGUGGUUCAUAGCCAUGGGGGUAUUUUCAUUGCUUCCUUGGAUUGUUUGAUAGAAUGGGCCGUUCCAAAACAGCCGGUUUAUUUAUGGACACUUCCUAUGUUUCAUGCAAACGGCUGGACUUAUCCUUGGGGUUUGGCUGCAGUUGGUGGAACCAAUAUCUGUUUGAGAAAAUUUGACGCAAGAAUCAUUUAUGAAUCAAUCUGUAAACACAACGUUACUCACUUUUGCGCUGCUCCUGUGGUACUCAACAUGUUGUCAAAUUCCCCUGACAGCAAACCAUUGAAGCACGCUGUUUAUAUAUUGACAGCAGGAUCCCCACCCCCUGCUGUUGUCUUGUUUCGAACUGAGUCCCUUGGAUUUGUAGUCCACCAUGGUUAUGGACUGACAGAAACUGGCGGACUAGUGAUUUCCUGCGCAUGGAAAAAUAACUGGAAUAAAUUGCCAGCAACCGAAAGAGCAAGGCUGAAAUCAAGACAAGGGGUAAGGACCACAGGGAUGACGGAAGUGGACGUGGUGAAUCCAGAAUCUGGAGUCAGUGUGAAGCGCGAUGGUUCAACGUUAGGUGAAAUUGUCCUAAAGGGUGCGUGUGUCAUGUUGGGUUACCUUAAAGACCCCGAAGGAACGUCAAAAUGCAUGAAAGAUGAUGGUUGGUUUUACACAGGGGAUGUUGCAGUUAUGCACCCUGAUGGAUACUUAGAAAUUAAGGACAGAUCAAAGGAAGUGAUCAUAAGUGGUGGAGAGAAUAUUAGCAGUGUGGAAGUGGAAUCAGUGUUGUAUACACAUCCAGCGAUUAAUGAAGCAGCAGUGGUAGCACGACCUGAUGAAUUCUGGGGCGAAACACCGUGUGCAUUUGUUAGCUUGAAUGGAAAAGAAAAGGCAAGUGAAAAAGAUAUUAUAGAGUUUUGUAGAUCCAGAUUGCCACAUUAUAUGGUGCCAAAGACUCUGAUAAUUAAAGAAGAGCUUCCAAAGACAUCAACUGGGAAAAUUCAAAAGUUUGUGCUUAGAGAUAUGGCUAAAAGUAUGGGGAAAAGCAGCAUGAAGAUGAGCAGAAUGUAGAGAUUAGUGAACUCGGCCUGAUUGAGUCAGUGCCUAGGUUCAACUUACUUGACAAAAGAAUGCGAAUGUGACAUGCGUAUGGUUGUUAAAUUGUUAGUUAUGACGUGAUGAUUUAAAUAAUUUAUGAUUCCUAAUUUACAUUUUCUUCAACCUUGUCGAUUUUUGUGAGAAUUGAUUCAAAGCUUGUUUAUUUAAGUUACUGCGUAGGAUAAAUUUUACUGUGUUGAAUAAGUCGCUCACUAGAGUUGAAAGAGUCUUGUUAGGUUGCUAUAUUUUUGAUUUAGUUGCUCGUUGUAUGGUGUGUUUACUAGUUUUUAGUCAAGUAGGAGUCUUGCAUAUUUCAGAGUUUGUAAGCUAUAAAAGCAGAGACUUCCAGUUUAUAAAUGUAUGCUCUUCUAAAAGAAAUUUCUUUCA